GAAACCUCCGUUUUUGGAGGCCAUUUCGGUAGCACACAGCGUUACUCCGUACAUGGUAUGGUCCGGCAUCGAAAUUGUGGGUAUCGUGCUUGGCGCCAUCCUCAUGCAUACAUUAGUAUCCGUAGUUACAUAGUUACGACUUGUUGACUAUUGCCCGACCCUUCUGAGUUCUAUCAACAUAUCGUUGAUGCGAUACGGUAUAUGGAAUGUUCGGGUAGCAACUGGCUUCAUCUAAAUAUGUCCUGACACUCGACUACCAUAUUCCAAACCACCCGCAUAUGUUCUCGACGUUCCUGUCGAGCGUUUGAACCCUUUGCUAGUUCCCAGUCGCCAACAUGUUCACCGCAGCGAACGCCCUUCUUUCCAUCUCCGCGCUGCUUGCUUGCUUGACAUUGGUCGUCGCCUCCCCGAACCCGCCAUACCAGCCUCCUCUGAUCGUAUGGCAUGGCCUAGGCGACACCUUCGACAGCGAAGGGUUGCAGUCCGUCGCAAAACUUGCCGCUGAAGUUCAUCCAUCGACCUAUGUCCAUGUCAUUCGCCUCGGCGAGGACGCGUCGGCCGAUCGAACCGCGACCUUCUACGGCGACCUGAACGUCCAGGUUCAGCAAGUCUGCGACGACCUCUCCCAGCACCCCAACAUCUCGUCCGCCCCGGUCGUCAAUGCGCUCGGAUUCUCACAAGGCGGAGUCUUCCUGCGGGGAUUGGCCGAGCGCUGCGGCCCUCGGAUCGCCAACCUCGUGACCUUUGGCAGCCCGCACAACGGCAUCGUCGACGUUCGACCGUGCAAAUCGGGGGACUGGUUGUGCGAGGGUGCCAUCGCGCUGUUCCGGUCUAAUGUUUGGGCCGGAUGGGUUCAAGGUCGCGUCGUCCCGGCGCAGUACUAUCGGAACUUCGACGACGAAACCGGAAAGCCCUCGUCCGAGUACCUGGACCGGUCCAACUUCCUCGCCGAUAUCAACAACGAGCGGGACACGAAGAAUAAGGGGUAUGCGCGGAAUCUCGCUGGCCUGCGUCGUUUCAUCAUGUACAUGUUCGAGGACGAUACGGUGAUCAUCCCGAAGCAGAGCGCGUGGUUUGCGGAGGUCAACCGUGCCACUGGCGAUGUGACUCCCCUCGUUGAGAGGGAUAUAUACCGCGACGAUUGGCUGGGCUUGAAGGCAGUGGACCAGAGGGGAGGAAUUGUCUUUCGGACCGUUCCUGGUGAGCACAUGCAUCUGAGCGACGACAUCUUGGAACCGGCCUUUAAAGAGUACUUCGGUCCCAUCAAUUUGCGCUCGGCAGAGGCUGACACGGUCGCUUUCCAUGAUUGGGAGCUGUAAAAUUGGCUUCUCCCCAGCUUGUUUUAUUGCGGAAUGCUUAAAUAUACACAUGAAGUGAAGUCGAAACUCGGUGCUGACAUUCCGUCCAUAACCGUUGACUAUCGUUACGGAAAGGUCCCAACACAUGAAAAAGACGCUUGAUCGCCACACGUUCAAAAAGAUCGGGAUACCCUCUCAUCUAGUGGAAUCAUAGCUUGGGGAGACCGAUCAUGUCCAACAAAACGCCGGAUCCAUGCAGUUGAAUCGCUGGUGGUCGCUUAAACAUUGGUAUGCGCCGCUAUAAUUUAGUCCAGUGCACCGCCAGUCCGAAAGGAGAGUACU